AUGCGAAAGGGUAAUUCGAUACAUCAGUUCCUGCAGAAGGCGGUCGAGACACUGCGCAAGGAUUUCAAUGAGCUGAAGACGGCUUCAACUGACAGUCUAAUGUUCGUCAAGGAAGACCUGAUCAUUCCUCACUUUUACACGUUCUACGACUUCAUUGUCACUAAAGCGAUGGGCAAAACCGGUCCACUGUUCGAAUUCGACGCCGCUGGCGAAUUAAGGAUACGUCAAGAUGCGGCCAUAGAUAGUUCUGAGUCACAUCCGGCGAAAGUUGUGUUGAGGCACUGGUACGAGCGAAAUAAGCAUAUCUAUCCGGCUAGUCGCUGGGAGCCAUUCGACCCAAACAAAAAGUAUGACCGGACAGUCGAUGACCUGAGAGGCAUUUAG